AUGAGUGAGGUCGCGGCUGUCCAUCGCUGCCCCCAGUAUCAGCAUCAAGAGCCCCUUCACCAACAACCUCAGCAGCUCCACCACCAACAGCAGCAACAGCAACAGCAGCAACAGCAACAGCAGCAACAUCAUCAGUCGAUUUUUGUCCAGCAACAGCACCAGCAUCAGCAACAGCUUCAUCAUCAGCAACACUCCUCACAGCGGCCGCAGCUCCAGCAGCUCCAGCCGCAACAACACCAACAACAAGCGUACCAGCAGCAUCCGCACCAGCAGCAACAUGACCAGCAACAGCGCCAGCCGCACAACAUCCUCCAAGUUCAGGUUACCCAGCCGCUGACUCAGAUUCCUCAAAUUGCUCCGGUUCCGGUUCCCCAGCUACCCCAUAUUCCCCAGGUCCAGGUUCCCCAGAUUCUCCAGCAGUCCCACCAGUCUCAUCCAGCUCACCAGCCUCACCAUGCCAACUUCAACCACUCCGGCGUGGUCCAUUUUGACGACCUCGACAACCUCCUCCACGAUCCUGCUGGCCAGUUCCCAAUGCUUGAGCACCAUGACAUUCAAAUCCCCGACUGGCUUGAGAUCGAGUUGCCCAUGGGCACGCAUGCAGUGGAUACUCCGGAAGGCCACACCACGUCCCGGUCGACCCCCUCUUCAGAUACUCAUCGUGGCUAUUCUUUCCACUUCCUGUAUGAUUUCACCAGCAGGACUGGUCUCGUCAACUCGUUUGAAUGCGGCACUUAUGUCCAAAGGAGAGCGGUCGUAGAUGCCUUCUAUGCAUCGUACGCCGAGCAACAAAAGAACCACCAACAGUUACAACAGAUGCAUCAGCAUCAGCAACACCUCCAGCAACAGCAACAGAUCCAAGGACAGCUUGAAUUCCACCCAAUGGUUCCGCAGCUGCAAAAUCCCAUGGGCCAGCCCCCUCUUUCGCCGGCUUCGUCUUCAGCUGUCUCUACUUCGGCCACGUCGAAUGACUACGGCUAUAUGCCAUGGACUCUCUGGUCGUCCUGGCUCAGCAAUCCGAUUAUUAUCAAGCUGCAAGAGAUUGUGGUUUCGAUAAUGACUGUGAUUAGACACAAAACGUCCAACAGCGCCUCCGUCUCUCCGGAUGAGCAAGACACCAAGGACGCGAAAGUGUGGUUCAACUGUGUCGAGGAAAUGGUCUUUAUCGAUGACGACUUUUGCAGUGACACUGAGCCUGGUUCUCCGGCCGACGAUGAUGCCAAUCCUGCCUCGGCUCUGCAUUGCAAACGAAAGCUGCAAGCUUUGCAGGCUUCAUACAUCGUCUGUCUUUACCAGAAUUGGGAAGGUUCAGACACUAGCAAGAGGAGAAUUCGUCGCCAUCGCUUCAGCACUGUGGUAUCUGUGGCGAGAGAUAUCGGAAUUCCCAUGGCGAAGCAUCUCGAAUAUGGCAGGCAGCUCAAACACGAGUUUGACUGGCACGAGUACGUUGUGCGGGAAGAACUUAUACGUACCUUCCUAUGGGUGUUCCUUCUCGACACAGCCUUUGUCAUCUUCAACAAUCUCCCUCACCGUAUGGUGAUCAAGGAGAUGAGGAUGCACAUGGCUAGUCCCGAAGCGGUCUUUCAAGCUCCGACGGCAGAGAAAUGUCUGGAGGAGAUCUACCGGUGGAUGCCUUCGUCGAGUCCGAUUUGCAACACUCUGCUCCGCGACGUGCUCGAAAACGUUAUCGGUACCACCCUUGACGCAGAUAUGUUGCAGAGAUUGGCCCAGCUUGGGCCACUCAAUUUGUUUGUUGUUGUUUCCGUUUUCCAUUACAUGAUCUUCCAGCACCAGAACUUGUUCGGAGUAGAAGGCCAGCUAGUACCGAUCCGCAACGGCCUAGAUAACUGGAUCACGAUUUGGGAGUUAUGGUUCGACAACUGGUCAUCCACGCCGCCUCACUGCAUGGCAGACAGCGAGAAUCUGACACCCGAGAAUAUGUGGAAGAGGAUCGGUUUCAUCCGGUGUUCGGCCGAGUACUGGCUCCUUGGCAAUCUCCUCACGGACCGUAUCGCUCGCAAGACAUCGGGAGGCGUUAGAGAGAACCAGGGCAAGGGGUCGUCCCCGGAGUGCUACCCCGACGAUAUGUCAGCAAGCGGCAGAGGCAAGUCGGCCGACCCAAUUCUUAUCAAGUACGACCAAACCAGCAUGCGGCAGGUCAACGAGUUGAUCAGCGACUUUAAGAAGAUUCAGAUUGACGAAAAUGAAUGA